AUGGAUCAAGUUAUGGACGGAGGCCGAUUGCCUCUCGAGGCGUGGUUCUGGGAAAUGCCCACAUGUACUCGUUGGUGGACAGCUGCGACAAUCUUUACAAGCGCCUUGGUUCAAUGCCAGAUGGUGACGCCUUUCCAGUUGUUCUAUAGCUUUCGCGCUGUGUUUGUGAAAUCACAGUACUGGCGAUUAUUGACGACGUUCCUAUACUUUGGUCCCUUCUCCCUCGAUUUACUCUUCCACGUUUACUUCCUUCAACGAUAUGCUCGAUUGCUAGAGGAGUCUUCGGGUCGAUCGCCUGCGCAUUUCUCGUGGUUACUGCUAUACGCAAUGGCCAGUUUGAUCGCUUUGUCGCCACUUGUUUCGAUGCCUUUCCUUGGCCAUCCGCUCUCAUCGACGCUCGUCUACAUAUGGUCCCGGCGCAACCCUGAGACUAGACUUAGUUUCUUGGGUCUCUUGGUGUUCACCGCUCCAUAUCUUCCCUGGGUUUUGAUGGGCUUCAGCCUUGUAUUACACGGCACUAUCCCUAAGGACGAGAUCAUGGGCGUGGUUAUUGGACACGUUUGGUAUUUCUUCUCAGAUGUAUACCCGCCGCUUCACAACGGCUCUCGCCCUCUCGACCCCCCAGGCUGGUGGAGACGCAUAUUUGAGGCCCGUCCUCGCGGCGAUGCGGAUGACAGUACAAAUGAUAUUAUGGUCGCAGGAGCUAGAGAAGCUGCGCCUCGCGAGCUGUGA